AUGAUGCUACACUACCCACAAAGGCCGAUCGAAAAUAGGUGGAAACCUAGUGUUGAAAUCGCACCAAAUUGUCCGAGAUGUGCCUCACCCAACACCAAGUUUUGCUACUACAACAACUAUAGCUUGUCACAACCUAGAUACUUUUGUAAAGGUUGUAGAAGGUAUUGGACCAAAGGUGGGUCCCUUCGGAAUGUUCCUGUAGGUGGUGGAUGUCGAAAAAAUCGACGAUCCAGACCUACCCGGUCAUCACAGACCGGGAAUGGUAGUACGGGUUAUAUUAGUAACCCGAGUUACAGUGGUGACUCUGCUAACGAGUCACCUGAAAGGGCCAAUAUUGACCUUGCUGACGUGUUUGCUAAGUUCUUGAAUCAAAGUUCAGAUGAUCAACAAAAUGAUGAGAUUGUGGGUGAAGAUUCUCCUAGUGGAUCUGAAAUGUUGCUAUGUGAUUUCACCGAGGAGGCUGAAUUGCAGAACAUGGUGGUUCCUCCAUUUACAGGCGAAGACAAUGAGAUUGAAGAAUUUGUGGUUCAAAACACGAACCUUCUUGAGCUACAAGAUAUACUUAAUGAAGAAUGGCCACAAGAUAUAUCUUGGAGUGAUGACACUACCACACUUUCAAGUUUCACAUGGCAACAAGAUUUUGAACCUUUCAUAUGCAACAACGAUGAUCUAAACAUAUCUUCGGACGUAGUUACUGAUAACUGGAGCUCAACACCUUUGGAUCUGCCAUUGGUCGGAAAUUUUUUUCAGAGCUUUUAA